AUGUCGGUUGUAACGCUCGGCCACAAGGCGCCCAACCUUGAUCCAUCCACGCUCGAGACACUGACUUCAAAGGCCGGCAUCAGAGUGAGAGAAGAUCAUGCUGGUGACUUUCUGAAAGUCCUAGGAGCGCUCGAUGAGAGCUGCCAGGAUGUGUUGGACGAAGAAGACUACACGCCUGAGCUUGACUUGUCAAAGUACCCUCGAACCGACGUACAUCGGCCUGAGGAUACCGACAAAGGUGGCUGGGCUAUGAGGUGCAAUGCAUACGCUACGUCUCCAACAAACGACCUUCUCAAGGCCAAGAUGGUGGCCUUGAAAGACAACAUCGCCCUGGCCGGCAUGAAAUGCACCAACGGCACCGAAGCACUGGACUGGACGCCGGCCUACGACGCAACGAUUGCCACUCGCAUCAUGGACGCAGGAGCUACCAUCACCGGUAAAGCUGCCUGCGAGAGUGCCUGCUUCGAAGGUGUCAGCGAUACCAGCUGUACCGGCAAGGUGCACAAUCCGUAUGCCGACAACUACAGCUGUGGAGGUAGCAGUAGCGGCAGUGGGAGGCUGGUGGCCACCGGCUCUGUCGACAUGGCGAUUGGAUGUGACCAAGGUGGAUCGAUCAGGAUUCCUUCCGCCAUGUGUGGGAUUGUAGGCCUCAAGCCGACAUGGGGACUUGUGCCAUACACGAGCAUCAUAUCCUUGGAAGCCACGAUCGAUCAUGCUGGCCCCAUGGCGAGGUCGGUUCCAGACGUUGCGAGGCUUCUUCAAGCUAUUGCUGGCAGUGAUGGCAUCGACGACCGGCAGCCGCAUUUUCUGCCAGACGGCACGCUUGAUUACAUGGCCAAGCUGGACGGGUUUCUGAAGUCGAGCGACAGCAGCAAGCCUCUAAGUGGCACGAAGAUCGGACUCCUCGAAGAGGGCUUCACAAUCCCAGGCAUGGAUCCAAACAUUUCCAACCUCUGCCAUUCCGCUGUCGACAAGCUGAAGGACCUCGGAGCAGAAGUGACCUCCGUCUCCAUCCCAGGCCACCUCAAAGCCGCCAUCCUCUGGAUGGUCAGCGUGCCCAUCGCAGGCACAAGACAAGGCUUCUUCACCGAUAUGACCGGCCGCAAACAGCUGCACAUGCUCGACCGCCAGCGUGCGUCGGGCGAGUCGAUGACGCAGGACGCCUUUGACAAACUCGGUCCUGGCGCCCAGAACGCUUACAUCAGAUAUUUGUAUAUGAUGGACAAGUAUGGGCCGAUCAUACAUUCGAAAUGCAGCAACUUGCUCAGGAAGGUCAACGACGAGUACGACCAAGCCCUAGCAUCGGUAGACGUCCUCGUGAUGCCCACGUUGCCUUCGCCGCCCUGCCGGCUCUUCGACGACCCUCCGGCUCAUGGCCCACUGGCACGCUUGUCAAGAAACGUCGGGCUCGUCGGCAACACUUCGCCCUUCAACAGUAUAACGUUCUUCCAAAUCGUUUCUUGGCUUCUUGACGCUGACGUACGAACAGGUACCGGACACCCAGCAAUUACAUUUCCCGUCGGCUUCGUCCCGGCCCACGAUGACGAGAGCAUCAGACUGCCGACUGGUCUGCAGGUUGUGGGUAAGAAGUUUGCAGACUCCGAGUGUAUGAAGGUCGCCGCGGCUUUCGAGAGGGCGUACGAUUGGAAGACGUUGUAG